UUUAUAAAGACUGGGCUAACAACUCCAGUCGGAGUGAACACACACAGUUUGGCUUUUCCACCCUAAACCUCGUCUUUGAGAGGACCUAUAUGCUCCUCCGGACCUGCCGGAAUGACGUUGAACACCAUAAAGUCUUUCAAGCUGGAACUGGAUGGUCCAGCUGAUGCAGCGUUCACCGGAGGGGAGGUGGUAUCCGGCCAGGUGGUUCUGGAGCUCCGCAAGGACACCAGGGUGCACUCCAUGAAGGUGCAGGGUCGAGGGGUGGCCAUAGCACACUGGCUGGAGAACCGAGGCAUGAACUCCGUCUAUAACGACUACACCUCCAAGAUCACAUACUUCAGGAAGAGACAGCAUCUGAUCCGAGCUGGUGGCCGCUGUGUCUUGUAGUCGCUGCAGUUGCAAAAUGAAGCCACCUGGGCCAAAUGUGUUGCAUGGAAACCUGGGAGAAAAGUCGACAUUGGUUUGUUCAGAUACAUCUAGCAGAUAACCCAAUCCUGACAUUUAACACAUAUCCAUUAGUGCUGAGUCCAAAUAAACACAUUUACUUUUACUAAGUGGUGUGUUGUAGAGGACAUAACGCUGUAAAGUGUGAAAUCCCCCGUGCAUGGAAGGCACCAUGCAGUUUAAAAUCAGACAGGCAGGGAAUAUAGGCCAUUGUAGGUGAGUAAAUAAACUGUAGACAGUGGUUAAUGUUUCAUUACAUGUUCUGUAAACAGUGUCAUUGGUUGACUUCUCAUUCUGCUUGGAAAGGUAAAUAUGAAUGGAGACGAGAUGCAGAGUUUCAGAUAAGAGAAGAAUUUAUGCUGUUGUUGCUUUAGCAGAAUACACAAACAAGUUGCAAAUUGUGGUUAAAGGUGAACUAUGCAGAUCAGGGAUUGACAACUUUGAGGAUAGGGAGGGCCACAAAAAGUGUGUCCUCACUGCCAGAGGGCCACUUUGCACCCCCCCCCCCCCCUCGCGGAGCUCCAACAGAUUGAUUUCUGGAAAUUGACUUGCAAGUAUUCUAUCACAAUAUAUAUUGAACAUAUACUGUGAUGAUGGAUUUUAUGCAUCCCUAAAAAUAAACAUCAAAAUGAUGUGAUCUGUGAUAAAUAUAAAUAUAAUUGACUUGACUUGACAUCACCAUACUGGAUUUCUCAAUAAUGAGAAAAGAACAAAUCAAAACGAAUAUAUUGAAAUAUUCUUAUAUUGUUGUGAAUCAAUACAGCGUUGCUUCUACAUCCCUUACCCAUCACCCAUGUGAUUUAUUCAUAAAUGGACCUUACUCUUCUGUCAAAUUGCAAGUUUGUUUUGUGGAUUGUGUACAAUGACUAUCAGUAGAGAAGCUAAUGUGCUGUCAGUACGCGCGUGGGUUGACCUGUAAAUGUCUUUCAGACCGACAACCUUAUUGUUUUUGCAAAGCUUCAACCUUCUCAUUUACGCUCCAGAAGAGAACAGAAUCCGUUUUAUUGACGGUAGUAUGUUUGCAUGUCAUUGGGUCAAGCAAUUAAUAUAAAUGUUAAGAAGUAGAAGAAUAAGGAUGUUGUGUUUAGUUGUAUUUACUUGGAACAAGAAGUGGGCAGAAAGUGAAAGACGGAGGAGAAAGGAAGGAAAGAGGAAGGGGUGGGAGCUGUUUAAAAAAUGCAGGCUGUCGCCGCGGCAACCAGGAAAACAACACGUGGCUCCCUUCCCCUCCUCCACCAAACAGCUGCUGAUGUUGCUGUCAUUGCGUUUAUCAUUCUGUGCAGAUACCCACGUGUUCAUCUUAUCAGGUCCGAGGCAGGGAGUCAGAGCCAGGCUGCUGCUACUGAUCAACAGCAGGUGGCGUGCUGAGCUUUAUUUCAAACUCAAGUCAGAACUUCAAACCACUGACCUCCCUAAUAUGACAGAGUUUCGCUGUUAAUUUGACCAUUUGUUUGGACGAAGGAACUGAUUAUACUCAAGGAAAGAUACAGGGAAACCUCUUUGUACUUUUUACCUUUAUACUAACCUGCGAGGAGGAAAAUAACAGUGAGGAGAUACUCAGUUAGAAAGCCCUUCCAGAGGCCCAAUUGUAUUUUAUUAUUCUGCAAGUACCUUAAGUCUUAAAACUUUUCCCAGAUUCACUCACACACACACACACACACACACACACACACAGACACACACACACACACACACACACACACACAGUCAAAGUGUAAAAACAUCCUGGUAGUCCUUACAGCUGUACACACUGCCUCCAUAUCGCCAGAUGGUGGCACUGGAGAACUAACUCCUUACUCCCAGGGAACAAAGGAGAGUAAACAACUUUGUUUUUCUCAGACCAGACUUGAUUUUUGUUCUGAGGACUUUUGAAUUGACUAUAGAGAGCAGCCCAAUUGGGAAAUGAAGCAGUGUUUGUUUGGUUUAUUGAUUGCAGCAGAGUUAGGAAGAAAAAUCCAUUCUGAUCCGAAUUGGCUUUGUUUGCAAAUGUUGGAAGUGAAUUUGAUGUAUUAAGAAGGCUGCAUGGGUGCACGUUUUCUUUAUUCUGUGAUAUCUGUGGUAACCCUCCAUCAUUGAAGAUAGAACAGUUAGAAAAGUUAGAAAUUAAGUUUUUUUAUAGAGGGAUUUAGUGGCAUAAGUCGCAUGCUUUUGUGCAUAGCUGUGUGUUUUCCAUAUGCUAUGUAACAGUAUGUUCAAAGCGACUUGGAAAAAAUUGAGUAAACAGAUUUGGUCCAGAGUGAAACUAUUUUCCUCUGAGCUGUGCAGGGCGGAUCUUUGCCAGACGGAGGCAUGCUCAGUAAGCCUGUUUUCUUCUAAGAGAACCUGUAACCAUCAAUCACCAGCAGGCCCUGUUUUCUUCUCUGCUGCCUCCACACCCUGUCUGCAUGUUUAUUAUGCUGCUUCAGGCUCGGUCCAGAAAUAUGAGUGUUAUUAAAAGUGCUGCACACAAGUUACACAACUACAGUAAGUCGUAAGUAGGACUGAAGAAGUAAGAAUUUUACAUCAAGGUAUCAAGAUGUUACUCUCAGAUGGAUUGCUGUCAUGAAACUUUGUGACUUGGUGUGUUUUUUGUUUGUUUUAUCUUCAUUGUAGUUUUGUGUCAAUGUUGACAUCAUUUGGUGAUUUUGUUCUUGGCCUUUGUCCUAACUUUUUGUCGCGGUUGUCUCCUCAUACACAAAGACGACAACCUGAUAAUUAACAGGAAAAAGGUGAUAUUUGAAGGUUGAUUAGUAAAUUAAGGAAAAACAGAUUUUUUGGUCUGAUGAGAACUUGUGUUUGAAAGUAUUGUUAUUAUUGGAAACAUCUGAUGCAGUGUUUUUUCAAACUCCAGCUUUUGCGCUUUACCUUUUAAAACUUUCCUGUUAAGUUGUAUUAAUUUGUUGUUUAC